UCUCUCCCCCAAACCUAUGCCCUUUUUUCUUAACCGCUCAACCUCGCCAUUACUACUUCUCCUCCUCCUCCUCCUCUCCUUUUAACCCAAAAAUCCCAACACUUUAUACAUCUCACGUUGUCUUCUUCUGUUUCUUGGCUACCGAAUUUGCACGGUUCUCUCUCAAUUCUCUUUCCAAACUCUGGAUACUGGAAAUGGGGAGAGUGGCACAAGAAGGAUCAGAUAUCAAAUCCCAAUUGGUCUCUCAGAUUUGCUCCAUUUCCACUGCUUCCAUCGGAUGUGCUCAUAGGGAAUAUGGCGAUUCGGGUAGAUCGGAUUUCAUCGAUUGGUACAGCCUUCUUGGAGUGGGAGAGAAUGCAGGAGUAGCCGUUAUAAGAAAGCGAUAUCAUAAACUUGCUUUGCAACUUCAUCCAGAUAAGAAUAAGCAUCCCAAGGCUGAGAUUGCCUUCAAGCUUGUCUCCCAGGCAUCUGUUUGUCUUUCUGACAAUGCCAAGAGAAGAGCUUUUGACUUGCAAAGGCUGAAAAACUUCUGCCCGGAGUGCAACCGAAUUCCUUAUUCCAAUGGCAACUCUCCAAGAAAUUCCUCCCCGUCGGUACCCAAAGCACGGAAUCCUACAGCCUGGUCGAGAUCCAGCAGAAUUCUGCAAAGUUUCAAAGACAUCAGAGAUAGAUUUAAAGAGGAAGCCAGAGUCAUAGAGAAUUGUUUGAGAACUAACAUGGGAUCGAGGAUAGAAUCCCCCGUCUUUGGAUCCCCAGAAUAUCUCUUCCGCAGCAAUACUCAACAUAAGACAAGAAGAGAAACCCCAAUAUUUGAUCCAUCUGACUAUCUAUUCCAAGGCUAUCCACAUCUUCGUAACCGGAUUUACAGAAAGCCAGAGCACUGUUGCUUCUUGCAGAGAGGAAAUUCCCUUAACUACGAACAGGGGAGACGAAGAUUCGACUCUCCUAUCUUUGAGAUCAGAUCAGAAAUAACAAUGUUCAAGAGUAAAUCUGCUUUUAUCUAUUCAUAGUGUACCGAUGUCACAUUUGAUUAAUAAGUAGCAUUUUCAGUAUCAUUCAAUACUGUGUCUGCUGCACUGCACCUCACCAGCA